GCAUUUCGUAAACAUUAUUAUUAUAAUAUAUUAUUUUAUGUUCACGAAAUUGAAUAUAACCUUUUCCUUAAAUUCUAAACUAACAACAAUUUUUAAAAUGACCUAAUAAAAAGUAACUAUUACAGAUAUUUAACAUUUUAAAUACCAAGAAAUAGUUAUACUUCCUCUCGACAAUAAUUCUAGUGAGGUAUCUUUUACAAAUUUCCUGAAACUGAUAAUUUAUUUAGAUAGAGUUAGAUUAGAGUUUAAUUUACUGAUCAAAAUGAUAGCUUCAAAAGUUAUUAAAUAUAUGAACAUAAACUAUCUAUGUAGCUUUAAUAGAAAUCCAGUUCUUCAGUAUACUAAACUAAUAUGUCAACAAAAACGUUAUAAAACCGACCUAUAUGAACCUGAUUAUCUUAUUAGUAUGGAGCCAGAUGAACCUGUGUAUGAUUGUUUAAAUUUCCAACUCAAGGGGUAUGAUUUUACAUUAUUAGAAAAUUGCCAGAGUGAAAUUCAUAGAUAUGCAGAAGCUAUGGGUAUACAGGUAGAUGAAUGUUGGGCAACACCUGCAAAGCAACUGAAUAUCCAACGUUUCAAGCCUGGUGGGACUGUUGUUGAUUCCGAAUACCAAUUAAAUGUUUAUGAGAGAAAUGUGCAAGUAGUCGAUGUACCAGCCUGGGCAUUGGGAACGCUUCUUCGUGUUUCACGAGCGCUCCUACCUGAAGGUUGCACGUUGAACGUUCACGAGCACACACCUGAACAUGAGGAGAUCCGGUAUGUUCCCGACAAUGAGCUGAUUGAACUCAAACAGCAGCUGGAAGAAAUGGGCGGCAGUCGAGCUGAGAAAAAGAAGAGAAAAUAAAUGGAGAUGUGCAAUGAUGUUUUGUAGCAUGUAGGUUGUUGGAAAUAAAUUAUUGAAUAAA